ACCGGUGCCGCAGCGUUGGCAGAAGCCCUGCGAGCCUGGCACCGGUGCUGUGAGCCUGGCGUGGGCCCUGGGAGGCUGGCAGCGGUGCUGGGAGGCUGGCAGGGGCACCGCGAGCCUGGCAUGGCCCCCCGGCCCCCCGGGGCAGCUCCUCCCUCGCCGGUGGUGCCAAGAGGCUGCGAACCCCCCGUGUCCGUGUCCGUGGCCUCUGGCCGGACCCACCCCCGCCGGGUGACUCAGCCCGGGAGGCUUUUCCUUAUAUAACGCGGCACCGCGCGGAGCCCCACGGAGCGGCCCCUGCCUCAGUUUCCCCUCGCCGGGGCGUCGCUGUCACUGCUGCCACAGCCGCCGCUGCCAUGUGGAUGGUGUCACCGCCGGUCGGUAUUUUCCAGUCCACCAAGAAGCUGGUGCUGAGCGAGCAAGUGGGACGGGGACGGGCACUGGAAUUCCUCCGGAAAAACGCAGCCAACGGGCUCUCCGUGGCCAACCUCCUGGCUGGGCUUUCCUCCAUCCUCUGCAGCGUCAACAGGCAAUACCAGUACUCCUGCUGGCUGCUGCUCCUGGGCUUCCUGCUGGAUCUGGCCGACGGGGCCGUGGCCCGGCAGCUCGACGCCUGUUCAGCGCUGGGUGCCAAGCUGGAUGACUUUGCGGAUUUCACCACCUUCGGGCUGGGCACGGCCCUGUUGCUGCAGCCCCAGGGUGUGCUGGGGGGACUGCUGACCCUUGCCUACGUGCUAGCUGUCUUUGCCCGCCUCUGCUUCUUCUCCAGUGCACUGCUGGCCAGCACCUUCCUGCUGACUGGAGGACACGUGGCCCUGCUCCGCGUCGCCGCGGCUGCCAUGAUCCUGUUCAUGGCCGACUGCGGCCUCUACCCCCACGACAGGGUGCUGGAGUCACAGCUUUGGAAGAAACUGGUUUAUGCUGGAGGGGUGUUGGCUGUCCUGCUGGCACCGAUGGCCGUGUCUGCGGUUUACUGCCUGGCCUGGGCCACGUCCUACAUCGUCUUCCCCUUCGCCCUCUGGAGCUGCAAGGCCUGAGCCCUCCCUAGAGCCUAGUAAAGCCUUCCUCGUCCUCA